GAGAGAGAGAGCUCUUCUUGUGUAACGCUCUCUUCUUCCUUUCUAGCGAUUAGCCUUCGAGGGAAGAUUUUAGGGCGCGCUUGUGCUUGUGGACGCGGUCACCGGUUCUUCGCAAUUUGGGCGCGAUUUGUGGCUCUUCUAGGGCGGGCAAUGCGGGCGCUGGAAUGCAGACUGGACAUGGGAGCUGGCGCCGGGGGAUGAGAGCCAUGGGGGAAGGAUCCAGGGCUUCUUCUUGUUCUUCCUCCUCCCUUCCUUCUCCCUCGUCGCCCUGCUAGGAAUCACACUGCAAUAUGAUCGAUCAGCUGGUCAACUUCGUAAUUCGCCCUCCCAGGGCGGAUUAUAUGCCCUCCCAUGAUCUACUGGAGCGCGAGUUUGUGCUCAAGGGACAUAGAUACGAGCGUAAAGACUUAGAGAUUACCAACAGUCGCGGCCACGUACUGCAAUGCAGCCAUUACAGACCACGUCCUCUACCGGAAGAUGUCUCGCUUCCUUGCGUGAUUUAUUGCCAUGGAAACAGUGGGUGCCGAGCUGAUGCAAACGAGGCUGCCAUAAUUUUGCUCCCCUCGAACAUCACCGUCUUCACGCUUGAUUUCUCUGGCUCGGGUCUGUCUGAAGGGAAGUAUGUUAGCUUAGGCUGGAAUGAGACUGAUGAUCUCAAGGCUGUUGUAACGCAUCUUCGCAAGGACAAACAAGUCAGCCUCGUUGGUUUGUGGGGACGUUCGAUGGGAGCUGUGACCAGUCUUUUCUAUGGAGCACAAGAUCCAUCCAUCGCUGGGAUGGUUCUGGAUAGUCCAUUUUCCAACUUGUUUGAGCUUAUGCUAGAGCUUGUAGACGUGUACAAAAUUCGACUUCCUAAGUUUACAGUAAAGGUAGCUGUUCAAUAUAUGCGGAGGCUAAUCCUUAAGAGAGCUCAAUUUGACAUUAUGGACCUCGACGUUAUAAAGGUAGCUCAGAAAAACUUCGUACCGGUGUUAUUUGGUCAUGCAACUGAAGACUUGUUUAUUCAACCUCACCAUUCAGAUGCGAUAUUUAAGGCGUAUGGAGGAGACAAGAACAUCAUUAAGUUUGAGGGAGAUCACAACUCUGCCAGGCCCCAGUUUUAUUACGACUCAGUCACCAUUUUCUUUUACAAUGUGCUGCGUCCACCUAGCGAGACCUACGCGGAAUCGGUGCCAGUUCCUGAUCCUUUGUAUUAUGACGUAAACGGAUAUGUCUUUGACGAGGACAUUGAUGAGAACAUGCUAUACGAGAUCAUGAAGGGAAUGCAAGCUGCAAACCCCAAGCCUGACGAAAAUGGUGCAACAUCGCAAGCACAACAAAGAGUCGUAGGAGGAGCCGCUGCUAAAACAGACUCCAGUUCUACGGAGGACGCCAUCAAUCAAUCACGCUCUCGGUGGCAAAUGAGUAGGACUGUUGUAUGUAGUGUGCUGCUGCUCUUGUCAUUUGGUGCUUGCAUGAUUAAUUGUUCCUUUUCGCUUGCGCAGGUUCCUUACGACAAUACAGAGCAAGUAGAAGACGCUGCGGAGCUAAUGAAGAGGAUGGACCAAUGUGGCGAGUCUGCCUCUUGUUUACAUACUACUGAGGCCGAGCAAAACGAUGCCUGCUCCCGGUGCGUCUCCAGCUCCGUAUCAAAUGGCCUCGAUGAUUCGUGGCGAGGAGAAACCGGCUCGGAUUCAUUCCAAGUUUCACCCAGCUCGUCCGAUGGCUUUGCCCACUUCCCAUCCACGUUUGACGACGAAGAGAGGAUGGUGAUGGAAGCGAUUGCUGCGUCUCUGGAAGAGAUGAGCCUCCGAUCCAAAGAAGCGGCGUCCAGGUCUCAAGGUGCUGCUGCUCCUGUUGCUGUUACUGCUGCGAGCCCAACAGCGUCGACGAGCAGUAAGCUCGAAACGUUUGGCCAAAGGCUGCGAAGUGGGCUGUUUAGAGGCAUGAACAAACGAAGCAACAGCUCUCACUCCUCCUAAGAUGCUUGUAUUUUUCUGUUGAUCUUUUCACAUUGAUUUGAUUUUUCACUGUAAAAAUAAUAUCAGCAACUUUUGUGGAAAA